AUGGGCUCGGUGAAGAUGCAGAUAAGAACUUAUGAUGACCUGUGUUCAGCUUUCUCUGGCAUUCAAGCUGAGUGCCAGGGUAGAGCCCACUUCUGUGUCCUCACUCCAAAUCCCCUUGACUCUUCAUCAGGUCUCCAAAAGGCCGUGGUGAUUCUAGACCCUGAAUGGGUCAGGGUGCUUGAGGAAGACAAUGUUACCCUCAGAUGCCAGGGCACCUUCUCCCCUGAGGACAAUUCUACCAAGUGGUUCCAUAACGAAAGCCUCAUCUUACAUCAGGAUGCCAACUAUUUCAUCAAAAGUGCCAGGGUUAACAACAGUGGAAUGUACAGAUGCAAGACAGCCCUGUCCACGCUCAGCGACCCGGUGAGGCUGGACGUCCAUAUAGGCUGGCUAUUGCUUCAGACCACUAACUGGUGGUUCCAGGAGGGGGACCCCAUUCGGCUGAGAUGUCACAGCUGGAAAAACAAAGCUGUAAAUAAGGUCACCUAUUUACAGAACGGCAAAGGCAAGAAGUAUUUCCAUAAGAAUUCUGAAUUCUGCAUUCCAAAAGCUACACACAACGACAGUGGCUCCUACUUCUGCAGAGGGCUCAUUGGGCAGAAGAACAAGUCUUCAGCAUCCUUUUAUAUAAGCAUAGGAGAUCCGACGUCUCCGUUGUCCAGUUUUCCACCAUGGCAUCAAAUCACUUUCUGCCUACUGAUAGGACUCUUGUUUGCAAUAGACACAAUGCUGUAUUUCUCUGUGCAGAGGGGUCUUCAAAGUUCUGUGGCGGACUAUGAGGAACCCAAGUUUCACUGGAGCAAGGAACCCCAGGACAAGUGAGCCCUUAUCUCAUGGGAUGAUAAGAACAACAGUGGAGAACCUAUGAGCCCCCUGUGGACUUGCUACCUCACCAUCUGCAUCGGGCACCAUGCGUUCAGCAGCAGGAAUAAUACAAAAGCCCCUCCUCCAACUGGUUUUUUUUUGGGGGGGGGUGUUGUAUGUUUAUUUGUUUGUCUCUCUCCAAUGGACUAUCUCAGGGGAAAGGGAAACCUGGGGUCUUCAAGGACCAACAGUGAAGCAGCAAUGAGCACGCAGCUGCCCUCCUCCCACCACCACCACCACCCCCC